CCCCCCAAUGCUCACUUUCGUUCGUUACUCCUCACUCCUUUUUAUUUUUAUUCUUUUUCCAUAUCUCUUUUGUUCUGUGCCUCAGAUCUUAACUCUCCUACACCACACCCAUGGCGGAAAAGGUGACCAUAAUGAGGCUCAAGGUUGAUCUUCAGUGCGACAAAUGCUACAAAAAGGUCAAGAAGAUUCUCUGCAAAUUCCCUCAAAUCCGAGACCAGGUGUACGACGAGAAGCACAACAUCGUGACCAUCACGGUGGUAUGCUGCAAUCCUGAGAAGAUCAGGGACAAACUUUGCUGCAAAGGUUGUGGUCUUAUCAAAAGCAUCGAAAUUGUGGAACCUCCCAAGCCAAAACCACCCGAAAAGCCCAAGGAACCACAGAAGCCUAAGGAGCCCGAAAAGCCGAAGGAGCCAGAGAAGCCCAAAGAGCCCGAAAAGCCCAAGGAACCAGAGAAGCCGAAAGAACCCGAAAAGCCCAAGGAACCAACGAAGCCGAAGGAGCCCGAAAAGCCGAAGGAGCCAGCGAAGCCGAAGGAGCCCGAGAAGCCGAAAGAAAAGCCCCCACCCCCGCCGCCACCGGAGCCGAAGCCUGAACCCCCUCCUCCAGUUCCGGUGUGUCCUCCACCUCCGGCGUGUCCGCCACCGCCAGUGGUUCCAAUUGGGGUGUGCUGUGUACCAUGCUAUGAAGGUCGGCCUGGUGGGCCAUGCUUUGAGGGGUAUGGUAGGCCUCCACCUUGUUAUGACGCGUAUUAUGGAAGGCCUGUUUAUGAUAGUUACGGUGGGGGCAGGCCUUGUUACGUGAGCCGUUGCGAUGAGUAUUUCUGUGAAGAUAACACCUCUUCUUGCACAAUUAUGUGAUCUCAUUCUGGAUCAUCCCUUUAUUAUUGUUCACUGCUGCACACUCCAAUUCAUCGAACCUGUCACUUCUCGCCAUGCAUGCAAGGGUCUCGUUAUUAUUGGGCCUUCUCUCACGCUCAUCAACCAUCCUAUUCCCAUGUCUUCAAUAAUUCCAGGAACCGUCUUUGUUGUUAAUUUGUUAGUACCUUACAGUGUUUCGUUAAUUGGGAGCAAUAUGUAUGAUAGGAGGGGCUAUAAAGAAUAAAGGUUAUACUAAUCGUGUAACUAAUAAUAAUAUAUACCAUCAUAUCUUACAUUUUGACAAGUUAGUAAAGUUUAUUUGCAUACAUAUUAGUUGCAAUUAAUGGAUCAUCUAACUAAUCUUUGUGCAGUGCAUUUGGUUCUAAGGAAGGGGGGAGAAGUGGAUUUGUUGGAUUUGCUGAAAAGGGCACUGCUUUGGUUGGACUUUAAAUGGUGGGCAGCUAAUCCCUAUCAAUGUGACACGUUGAAUUGCACUUUUUUUUAUUUUCCUCACAAAAUAAAACAACUUUCUAACCGCAAUCACCCCACCAAUUAAUAUUAGUUAAUUAGCUCAUGAGUCACGAUAAUGACCCUCAAUUUAUUGUUUCUACAAAGGUCCUAUUACCAUACUUAUUGAGUACAAAUUAACUUUGUACUUAAAAGACACUCAUUAUGCUCAUUUUCGUAUGAAACUACUUGAUUACACUAUAUUUUUUUUCUUAUUUUCUAAUAGACAAGUAAAAAUGACCUUGGUUAUCUAUAUUGUCUUAAUUUAGACAAAGUUGAAUAAACUUUGCCUGCCAAUGCUUUAGUCAUUGAUGGGUAACCUCAAUAGACAACGACAAGUUGACAACCAUCACCCUCUUCUUUCCUACCAACACCACCUUUCUUAGAUCCAUAUACACGGAAUCACACACAAUACGAGGGGAAUUAAUAAUAUACAAAAGGAACUUUCCACAAAAACUAACCUCCAUUUGAAAAGAAAGAUCCAUCGAAAAUAUUUACGAGUAAAGAGAUAAAACUGAGCAAAAUAAAGGAGUGUAAAAUGAACUCAUUCAUUAAUUUAUAUGGAUUUGAUUACUGUAGAACGUUAUAUCAUAGUCGAGAGUGAUCCAGCCGACAUUCACUUUAAUGCUGCCUCUUCAAACAAAGAAGAAGAAAAGUAAAAUUUGAAGAAAGGUUUUCUUAUGGCAGAAGUGAAAACUGAAAAGGACUUGACAAUCCCAAUCCAGAGAGAUAACAGUUGCUUUCAGGUGAAGAUAAUGUUUAGUUUAUGUUAUACAAUUUAUAGCAAAUCAUUAAAUUAUUGGCCACCAAAAUGCAUAUAAUUUCUUUUCCCUGUUCUUUCUUAAUUAGUGCCAACUAUAUAUAUAUUCGUAAAUCUCAUUGUGAACUGCGAACUCUCAGAUAACACCAAUACGUGUUGGUGUUCCUCGUAAAAAGAAAAAGGAAAUAAGUAACUUUUGUUCCAAACCGUACUCUCAAGAAGUGGAAGCCCUUUUUUCCCUUUCCUUUCUCUCUUUUUAGAACACUUGCAAAAGAUUCCAUUAAACAAAGCUUUUUUGGAUUCUUGGCUUUUGCCUAAAAGCAAAGCAGCAAAACCAUAAAAACUUUCAAAUAGGUACGGCUGAUCAUAUGCACCAUAAUUAUUAAUAUUUAACGAUAGUAAGGUUACAUAUUAUUAUGAUUUUAUUUAUAAAAGGGGGAAAAAUAAAGGCGUGAUUAAAAUGUUAUAGUUAACUACAAAUGACUUUAUCAACUAAAAUAAUUGAGACCUUUUAUUACCUUUUGAUUAUAAAAAUGUUAUUAACGGACAAAAAAUAUUAAAUCUUUAGAAAAAUUAUGCUAACGUUUACAUGAUAGUAUAUAUCAAUAUUUUAUAUCAACAAAAUAAUUUGUUAAUAUAAUAUAUUAUAUUGUUUGCAUAAAUUUACAAUGUCUACACCAAGAAUUUUGUUAGAUAAAAAUAAUUUUAAUUUUAAGAUUUAAAAAAAAAUAAAAUAAGAAUGAUGGGUUAAAUUGAGUUUUGGCUCCUUGAAUUUUUGCAUGUUUCAAAAACAAAACUAGUUAAGUAAUUGUCAGUUAAAUGUAACAAGUGAUUGACUUGAUGAAACUUAUACAAUUUAUGAAAUUUUAUUACUAAAAUACCAAAGCUACUUGAUGAAUACACCCUUAUGCAUUGGCAUA